CGGCGGCGGCGGCGGCGGCUCCUCCGCUGAGCGCCAGCAAGACGAAGACGAAGAAGAAGCAUUUCGUCUGCCAGAAAGUCAAGCUGUUUCGGGCCAGCGAGCCGCUGCUCAGCGUCCUCAUGUGGGGCGCCAACCACACGAUCAAUGAGCUCAGCAACGUCCCGGUUCCCGUCAUGCUGAUGCCGGACGAUUUCAAGGCCUACAGCAAGAUCAAGGUGGACAACCAUCUCUUCAACAAGGAGAACCUCCCCAGCCGGUUCAAGUUCAAGGAGUACUGCCCCAUGGUCUUCCGCAACCUGCGGGAGCGCUUCGGGAUCGACGACCAGGACUAUCAGAACUCGGUGACCCGCAGCGCCCCCGUGAACAGCGACAGCCAGGGCCGCUGCGGGGCCCGCUUCCUCACCACCUACGACCGGCGCUUCGUGGUCAAGGCGGUGUCCGGCGAGGACGUGGCCGAGAUGCACAACAUCCUCAAGAAAUACCACCAGUUCAUCGUGGAGUGCCACGGGAACACCCUCCUGCCCCAGUUUCUGGGCAUGUACCGCCUGACGGUGGACGGCGUCGAGACCUACAUGGUGGUCACCAGGAACGUCUUCAGCCACCGGUUGACCGUCCACCGGAAGUACGACCUCAAGGGUUCGACCGUCUCCAGGGAAGCCAGCGACAAGGAGAAGGCCAAGGACUUGCCCACGUUCAAGGACAACGACUUCCUGAACGAAGGGCAGAAGUUACACGUCGGGGAGGACAGUAAAAAGAAUUUCCUGGAGAAGCUGAAACGGGACGUGGAGUUCCUGGCCCAGCUGAAGAUCAUGGACUACAGCCUGCUGGUGGGCAUCCACGACGUGGACCGGGCGGAGCAGGAGGAGAUGGAGGUGGAGGAGCGGGCGGAGGACGAGGAGUGGGAGAACGACGGCGGCACGGGCGGGGCCCUGCUCUGCUCCUACGGGACGACGCCCCCCGACAGCCCCGGGAACCUCCUCAACUUCCCCCGCUUCUUCGGCCCCGGGGAGUUCGACCCGUCCGUGGACGUCUACGCCAUGAAGAGCCACGACAACGCCCCCAAGAAGGAAGUGUACUUCAUGGCCAUCAUCGACAUCCUCACGCCGUACGAUGCCAAGAAGAAAGCCGCCCACGCUGCCAAAACGGUGAAACACGGAGCCGGGGCGGAGAUCUCCACGGUGAACCCCGAGCAGUACUCCAAACGCUUCAACGAGUUCAUGUCCAACAUCCUGACAUAAUGGCCGCCGCCUCGUUCAGCCGUGAGGCCGGUGGGGAGGGGGCGGGGGGAAGGGGGCCGGGGGCGGGGGCGGACCCGCCAGCGGGGAAUGCGGCCUGCGACACUGAAACGGACACUGUAGCAGCAUGUGUGUGCGUGUGUAUCGUGUGUGUGUGCGUGUGCGUGCGUGCGUGCGCCUCCCUCGUGACCCCACUGAAAACUUCAUCGUAGGGGCGUCGAUGGCCGGCCGGGACCCCGGCCCCUUGGUCACCGCCACUCCUGGGGCCGGGGGCUUUGGAAGUCCUUUCCGUUUUUAGCUCCGGCCCCUCCGCUCGGCCGACCGGCCCCCGGAAGCGAGGAAGCGAGGGUGGCGGUGCCGGGAGCCGCCGGGCCGGACCGGACAGACCGGUCUGUGGGGCACCGAUCCCCCCACCCCCCCGCCGACCUCCGGGGUCCCCGCCUCCCCAGACGAGGCCGGGCCGGCCGGGGGG